GGAACCCUACUUUGACUCUAGAAAAUAGGAGGGAGAAAGAGAGUGUGGAGGAGCGAGAGAUAAAAACAGAGAAAAGGGGGGUUAGAAACGACAUCGAUUUAAGCUAUUAGCUUCGAACAGACCUCGGGGCUAUUGUACCCUUGAGCUAGCAAGGACGAAGUUUGCUCGUCCACGGGUCCAACGGUAUUUUAGUGCCGGUCUAUUUCGCCGACGAAGAAAGGUACAAGUUUAUCGCUGCAGGCGCCGCCGCUAUACUGCCCACGCGGAGAUCGUCUAGAAUUCGAUUGGGGUUUACUUUCUGAAGGGGUGCCAAAAGCUCUACUCUACAUUCGAGGUCUGGUCGAAAUUGCCGAAUUUUUGGUGACGGAUUGUUCAUCAAGCGGCCUUCUCGUUAGGUAGCAUACCCCCCCUCCCUCUCUCCCCCCAAGCUUUUUUUCUUCCACCGCCCCGCCAGUUCUGCCCGCCCCCCAUAUUCCUGCUGCCAAACUUCCACGCCCCCUUCGUUCUGGGAAAUCAAAGCAACUAUCGCAUGAAGUUGUCAGAUUGCAGAGCUCAGUUGCCAUGAUUGCUGUAUUUAGUCAACCUCCCGGCUGCUUGCUCACCUGAACAUCACUAUAGCUACCUCUUCCUACCCCUCGGGCACACUGAAGAGAGAAAAAGAGUUAAAGGGAGGGGAAUCGGACCGUGGAUGAUACAGGGAAUCCACCCGGGCUUUUUUGGAUUUAAACCUCAGGCCACCAAGCAACAGAACCUAAUACGGAGUUCGCCAAAACAAAGGCUGGCUCAGUACGACCCUAUCAGUUUGCCUCGUCCACUCUCCUGCCCGUGUAAUCGAGGGCUGAAAGACAUCAGAGAGUCGACAACUACUUUGUCCGUUGGGCCUUAAUAUUGGAGCACCGGAUUAUCUCGAAGGACCAAGUUUUUAUCCAUUGGCUGACAGUCCCUCCGGCGUAUAAGAAGGGCUUCCACCCCCUCCCACAUCGGACUGCAGGAACCAUUACGCACGAUUGCGUGUAUAUUCUUCAAACACCUUCAGCUCUUUCCAGGAGCUAAUACAUCCAGAGCCAAACCCAUUGGCUCAGCCUCCGUUCACUUUAUUCCCAAUUUCCAUCCACUCUCGGCCUUCCUCCCAUCGCUUCCCUUUUAUUCUUUUAUUUUUUCGUCUCAUUUUUUAAAUUUCCUUUUAAUCCAGGUGAGCUGGUGCCACGUUUCGUUCGAUAGCGCAACAGGGAGUGCAGAGGUCGGGCUGCUGAUAUUCGCUUCUAGAUCUUGUCCAAUUCCCUUCGGGCCGCAUCGUCGUCAUCUUCACUACUCUGGCCUUUCCUUUUCCUCCCCACAGCACGAUAUCACCCACAACAACAACGAUCAUGAACGAAGCUUCGACUUCAGGCUCGGUAGAACCGACCUUUGAGGGAUUCGUCGAGAGUACCAGAGAUGCCCUCCUCCUUUUCCAGGGUGUCAUCAACCAAGCCUUACCGAUGGUGCCUCGCCGUCCUCACGAACGGGAGAGAGAAUCAUUGAUAAGAUCCGGAGCCAUCUUCGUGUACGAAGAGAAUACAUCAGCGAUCAAGAGGUGGACUGACGGGAUUGCUUGGAGUCCGAGUCGGAUAAUUGGGAACUUUCUCAUUUAUCGAGAACUAAAGAAACCAUUCGCACCGGGGGAGAAGAAGCGCGCUACCAAGGUAGCCAAACGCAGACAGGCUUCCCAACAAAGAUAUUCCCGUGCCAGAAGCGAUGGAGGUGGAUCAAGCCCCGGGUCACACCAUUCUUCCCACUGCGGAUCGCUUUCUCCUCAGCCCCAUUCUUCGCCAGAGGAAGGCGAGAUGAGGGUCCCAGAUCUGGGGCCAGAUUUGGAGCGUAUGCUCGUGGGGUCUCUAGUCGAUUCAUAUGGGUUCAAGCCUGAUGGCUUGAUAAAAAAGACAAUUAGUGUUCAAUUCGGUCCCGGCACUUACCACAUGGUUUCCUACUAUAGAUUAUCUGACUUCGUCGACAGUCACCUAAAGAGGCCUACGCAGGACCCUCGAUGCUCUCGCUUGGCUAUUCAUCAAGACCUCGUCAACAAGCAAUCAUUCCGUCAGAUUGUUGAUUCCAGCGGUGUCGAGCUCUCGCAGCCAAGCGAAACUAGAUAUCCGAAUAGCCCUUCACUGCCCGACACACACCCCAGUCAAGUUAUUAGCCCUGCCUGCUCGGAUUACGGCUAUCAGCCUGGGGGAUACAAUCCCAUAGAGCAGCGGUACGACAACAGCGGAUACGCAAGUGCUCAAGAUAUCCCAUAUGCAUACUCGCCAAAUGGUCCUCGGGAAGGUAGUGGCUUUGGAGGAUUUGGGGGUCGAGUGGCUCGAAGACACCAAGGUUUUGGAAACCAAACGCCAGUUGGAUAUAACGUUAGCCCCAUGGGGACGGACGCCGGGACAUACUUCCCUCAUGCCCCAAGCACACACCCGAGUCCCAUCCACGCGAUUCCCACGGACUACGCCAGUACCACUAUGGGCGACAACAAUUUACCUAGAACAGCGGUUCAUUAUAGCCAUAAUACCAUCAACGGACCCGACAUGCGCCGACCAGCCCCAGCUCGUUAUAGUCCUACCGAGGUGGCCAACUUGCCCCGCACCCUCCCUGGUCACUACGGUCAUACAGCUACUGCUGGGGAUGGACUUCCUCGAACCCCGGCAGCUAAUUUCGGUGCCUCCAUUACUGAUGGAGGAUCACUCUCUCGGGCGUUCCAGCCCCGUGGAAGCCAAGGACUCGAGGACCCACGAUAUUCUCCUUCGAAUUCUCCUUGGGGUGAUAAUGGGCCGAAUAGUGGAUAUUACCAUCACCAGCAUCCACAGCCUCCUCACAGCCCAUUCAAUCCGGAUCAGGCCAAUGGGGGCGGUUAUGGCCACUGAUUCUAUCGAUAUACGAAGAGCAUAUUAUGGAUUGGUGCGGGGCGUUUGGGCGAUGCAAUUUUGAAAUUGAUAGAUGUUCGGUGUGACGAUACGGUUGGGAUGGCGUUUAUUUUCUGCAUUUUUAAAGGGAUUUCCUAUCUUGCCUCGGUAUUAUUAUUUUUUCAUUUUUUUCUUGAGAGCAGUCGGAGCAUUGGACUCUGAAAGUCACUGUGCUCUCAAAGAUUACUAUUCCCUUUGGGGGUCACAUUGAAGCGCUAAACCAAUCCUUUGGAGGUAUAACAUUGCUUCCUUUGCUGGUUCCUGGCGCCUAGUUUGUGGAUUCUGAAUUCCAUAAAAAGCUUUGGUUCUCGGAAUCACUAGACUUUCGAGUCGUCUCAGUUAUUUUUAUUUUUUUAUUUUUUUUUGCAUUCUUUGGUUCCAAAAGUGGAUCCUGUGUUGAUAAUUUUUUCAUUUCGUCCUCUUGAUUAAGGUUGGUGGGGGUUUGACAUCUGAAAAUGUUAACUAUCUUAACCUCGCAGUCAGAGUGGGAUUAGGUAACACUUGUUUCUUUUUUUUUUUUUUAGAAGCAUUUUCUCCCAAAAGUUUGGUUUUUUAGUUUCCGGUUGCAAUCCCAUGUGGGGGGCGGGGCGGGGCGGUGUUCUCCUUUCGUUUCUUUUUGUUGGAGGGACAAGUGGUAUUAAUACGCUCAUGACUGUCGUUUUUGUUGAGGCUGGGGAGCGAAAAUGAGGGCUGUCUGCAACCAUCUGGUGUUUGAUGGUAUACGUUGUGUAUGACUUAUCAUUAGCAGAGAGACUUAAGGAGUGAUGGGGUAUGUUUUGUAAAAAUCACACCUGGAGUCAGGCGAUGGGCCAAAAUUGUCAGCCGGAGGUUGCGGUUGAUGAGUUGUACUUGUGAUGUGAUAGCAGUAGCAGUGCGGUAGCUGUGGUGGUUACAUUCACUGCAAGUAGCCAUCAGGGUGAACUGGUUGGUGCAUAAAAAGUUUCCAGGGAACUCGAAGCAUGGCGGAGGCGAAACUUAUAUCUCCAGCGUUUGUACAGCAUUGAUGUUAAUUCGGCGUAGAUAUUGUGCGGGGAACGACAGGACCGGAAGCGCGAAUAAUGUUAUGUACUGUAUGCAAUGCAAUAUGAAUGUAUGUACACGAAAAGGGGCGUGAAGGAGGGAAGAGAGUCAGUAGGGAAGUAUAAGAGAUGUUACUCUGCCGUGGCUGUGGAGGAUUGUUGACUUAGAGGUGGAUGGAAGGCAACUAUGCAGGUAAUCAUGGUAGUUGUUUUUGGGUUGAGGGAAAAAAUGCUGUGCGCAAGGGAAAGUGCACAGGGGGGAGAGAGAAUAAUAAACUGGCCUUGGUAAUCUCGUAGUACAGUACAGUCCGUCUUAUGGCUGGC